UUGAAAUAGAGGGGCAAUUAAUUUUUUAAACAAUGAGAAUAGAUUUUGAAUACACUUGCGGUUGGAAUCGAUUGCUGAUGGAUUCGGUUGGUUUCUGGCCGAAGCCUCGAACGAAUUUUAUCGGCAAGAACUGGGCAUUCAUCAACGCUAUGAUAGUCUUGAUAGUUAUGAUUAUCCCCCGAUUCGCGGCAAUGUCUCUGUUUUGGAAUGAAAUUGACGCAGUAGUUGAAUCCUUUUGUACGCAAUUGCUCUUUAUUGUGGUGUUCUUCAAGCUGAUGGUUCUCCAGUUUGGCAAUGAAGGCAAGAUUUCGUGCACGAAAAUUUAUCGAUCAGAAUAUUUUUCAACGCACACAAUAAUUCUCAAACGAAUAUACGAAUUGUGUCAGUUCUAGUGGAAUUAUUGGCGGUGAUGGAGGCAGAUCUGUCAUUAGAACUCAGCAAAGAAAAUUACAAACCAGUCUUCGAAACAGCCAAAAUAGCCAGAACUAUAUCGAUCUUUCUAGGGACGUGCACAAUCUGCAUUCUUAUCACUGGCAUAUUUUCCCUGAAAUUGUAUCAAUUGGACAGCUUCUACAUCAAAAAUCCAGAUCCUCGGUUGUCCAUAAAUUUCUUUUUUGUGGCAUAUCUACCCUUCAAUUCAACGCCUAUCAUCACCUACAUGACAGUCCUUUCCGCUCAGUUCUACGUCAGUGUCAUCUCCACUGGCAUUCAUCUCGUGCUUGACAGCUUUGUCGUUAUGCUUGUUCUUCAUACAUGUGGACAACUUGGAGUCUUGCAAGAGAGCCUUGCGUUACUGUGCGCUUGUGGGAAUGACAAAUCGGAUUUCGGGACGGGAAACUUUCGAAGGGCUUUUCAGAAGAUUUUUAUAAAGCAUCAAGCGAUUGGUCGGUUCACUAGGAAUUUGGAUAGCUUAUUUAAUUUUACUUGGUUCCCCGAACUCUUCAGCUGCACCCUGACAUUGUGUUGCCAGGGAUAUAUCGUUCAAAAGCUCGGUCGCGGAGAUCAGUCCAGCAUGUGGCAGAUUGGUUUUCCAUUAUGCAGCACAUUGGGUCUGGUGACGCAAUUUUUUCUCAACUGUUGGGCCGGUGAAUACCUCACAUCACAGAGUGCUGAAAUUGGCUAUGCGUACUAUAGGAACGAGUGGUACACACUGAAAUCCUCGGAUGCUCGAUUAUUCCUGAUGAUAGGCUAUCAAGCAACUCGACCCUCGACUUUGUCUACGUGGAAAUUCUCAAUAUUGUCCCUCCGACUUUUCCUCCAGGUGAUGAAAGCAUCCUUCAGCUAUCUCUCUAUGCUAUUAGUCAUAACGGAUUCUUAGAUGAAUCGAUAGUAACAAAAGUUGACGU